AGCUUUGCAAGCUCCCAUCGUCUGGACGACGUCUAGCAUUCAGCCGGUCACAUGUGACCACGGCGCAUGCUUACAAACCUUCGCUCAACUUAAUACACACUCAAUUCAGUAUCGAGCGUCCCUCCGCGCGAGGAGGUCAUGCCGCUAUGUCGGACGGACGCGACUCUCCGUCGCAAAGCGGUCUCCGAGACCGCGUCAGCUUCUUCGAGAGGGUCUGGUCUAGACGCAACAAGACCGACUCAGUCGACGCGAGUGCUAACGUAGACGAGAUAGAGAGGAAGAUAGAGCAACACAAACGUCAGCCGGAGUCCCCCAAAAUUGAUGUGAAACUUAAACAUGCGAGAGAUACACAAUCGCCUUCGAAAAGUUACGAAGCAACGUUCCCGAAUUUAAAAUUGCGUCACGUAGAAGAGUGUGAGACGAAGGCUGAGAGCCAAGAUGAGGGUGAUUUGGCUGCCGGCGUCCGUUUCGUCAAAUUCGAACGCGUGAGCGUCAAGAGGUCCGUGGACUAUGGGAGGUCGUUGGAGGGCGAGGACCGGCCGGACUCUCCUCAGCAUGAGUGGUACUCCGAGUACAAACAGCACACUUUACACACAGCGCCGCGUAAGGACUACCUGCGCAGCAAAUCGGAAUACGACUCCCAUAUCGCUGAAAUACGAGAUGAACAGGAAAGAGUACAAAAGAAAACAUUCGUCAAUUGGAUCAAUUCACAUUUAUCAAAGCGCAUACCUCCCGUGCGGAUUGAUGACCUCAUCUACGACCUCCGAGAUGGCACCAAGCUGCUUGCCCUGCUUGAAGUAUUGUCUGGCGAGAAACUGCCAAUGGAACGUGGCCGUGUCCUCCGUCGCCCGCAUUUCCUGUCGAACGCAAACACAGCGCUCCGUUUCCUGGCAGGGAAGCGCAUCAAGCUGGUCAACAUCAACGCUGCUGAUCUGGUGGAUGGGCGGCCGGCGGUCGUACUCGGCCUGAUAUGGACCAUCAUCCUGUACUUCCAGAUCGAAGAGAACAGUCGAGCGUUAGAAUACCUGAGCGGCUCGCGGUGCGCGUCAGUCAUGUCGCAGGAGUCUGGCGCUGCCACACCUACCCACAGGGCAGAGGACAGGUGGAAGCAAGGAGCCAAGAAGACGUUACUACAAUGGGUUGCUAACGCCUUGCCUAAGUAA